CUGCGAAGCAAUCCAUUACCACACCUCAUCCUCAACCUCGUAUCGUCAACCUGGAAUAUUAAUGUUCGUGACGCGAUCAAAAACUCUCUCAAGAACUUUGUAAGUUUAUAUAUUCUCAGUUAUACCCAAGUAGCAGUACCUCAUAAAACCCUCACUCACACUCCAUCCAGCCACAGCAAAGUCAUCACCCCCUCAUCGAUCACACAACAACUUACACCAACCCCCUUAUCAAUCAGAAGACUCUCCAUCUCCCCCCCAUUCUCAACCUCACCCCCAAAAAUGGCCACCCAACGCGCCGACGCCGAAAAAGAAAUCAAACGCAACCCCCACCCCGACUUCAAAGCCAUAGAAGCCUCCCGCCCCCCCUUCGACAACACUCGUUCAUGGGAAAUAAAACAAACCCCUCUUCCCUCCUGGACCCUCGGUAGCGGAGCAAACGACGCUGGCGCCUCGCUCUCAAAAAACCACAUAGAAAUCGAUCCUUAUGAGCCCGGUCGACCGCCUGUGUACAACUACAAGCUCAUGAUCUCCGGCAUCGUGCCUCGACCCAUCGGCUUCAUUUCUACCAGGAGUGGCGACGGAACGAGCACGAAUCUAGCGCCGUUUAGUUAUUUCAAUAUGAUCUGUCCGGACCCGCCGCUAUUCACUGUGGGGUUUGCGGGCGGACUGGAUAAUUGCAAAGAUACGCUCCGGAAUCUUCUCGAGAGUAAGGAGUGUUGUAUUAAUAUUAUUUCUGAGCACUUUGUCGAAGCGGCGAAUGCGACGAGUAUCAAUGCGCCGUAUGGGGAGAGUGAGUGGGGGUUGAGUGGAUUGACGCCGGAGAAGUGUAGGGAUGUGAAGUGUGAUCGUGUGAAGGAGGCGGUUUUCUCGAUUGAAGGGAAGCUGGAGAGUAGUCGGGAGUUUGAAAGUAAGAAGAUUGAGGGCAAGAAGACGGGGGUUUUGUGUGUGAUUGAGGGGACGAGGUUUUGGGUAAGGGAGGAUGCGUUGAAUGAGGAGAGGAAUUUGAUUGAUCCUGCUGUGAGUUUUCUUUUUUUUCUUGUGUUGCUUUCUUUUGAUGAGAGAGGGAUAGGAUGGAAUGAGACGAAGCUAACGGGUGAGAAUAGGUUCUCAAACCUAUCAGUAGACUGGGAGGAAUCACAUACGGAAGGACAAUCGAUGCCCUUGAGAUCCCACGUCCGGAUUAUGAGGAGAGUGUCAAGCAAAGUGAGCAAGCGAAGAAGUUGGUGAAGCCAAAGCUCGAUGGCCAAUGAGCGGCU